AUGGAUUGUCCUGAAAUAGCUCCCGAGCAUCCACCCAAUGAUAGCGUUCAUAGCAUAGAGACAGUACCUCUCAUCUCUGUUACGCCGCCUUCAGCUGAUAGGCAAGCACAGAGCGACACGCUUCAGUCAGAAGGGGCGCAGUGCAACAAUCUUACACCUACUGCACUUGACGAUGAGUUAGCUGUGUCCAGUGAUACUUCAACCACUCCUGACAGUACACCCGCCUUGCCUGGUCCUGGUCCUGGUCCAAUGGCUCUAGAGCUUCGAUCCGGCAAGAACAUGGACGCAGAUCCUGCUCCUUGCAAGUUACACACCCUGCCAAACAUUACCAAGGUGUCGCAUGUGAUUCAAAUCAAGGAUGUAGCUACUCCCAACGAAACUGCACAGGAGCCAUCUGAAGGUAGUGCUCCAAAACUGUACAUUCCAGCAAUUCCGUACUCACGUACAUUAGGCGCAGCUAUCGCUAAUACGCGCGCUCAAGGAGCUGCCUUGCGCGAGCACCGGCGCAAGAAUCCCAUUAUCAAAAGCCCCCCACCUUCAUCUACCAGUCAAUCCACGCUUGAUCGUUCGCUGGUACCCCAAAGCGGCAUUACUGGGAAUCGCCUUGUUGACAGUGUAAUUGAUGAUCUACAGAACUCUUGUUACUGUCUCUGGGUUGGUGAUGCUAAACAAAUUGUCAAGUCUUGCGAGUGGGUAAAGAAUACAGUGACUAACUCGUACACUUUGAUGUGGAAGAGCGAUUGUCCACUUAAACCUACAGGAGGGGAUGGGACCGCCUUAGUUGGGUGGAUUGGGCAAGUGUCAGGCAAGCUCUCCAAGCUAACACCGGAUGCGGGGUGGACAUAUCCAAGUAACAUGCAACAGAAUCAAUACAAUGCUGGGCUUUGCGACAAAAAGCGCACAGUCAGCUUAGGCCGACCAGAUGUGGCCACUCGAUUCCCUCAUCAAAUAUGGGACACCCAAGUGAAGGGUGUUACUGCAAUUCAAGAGCAUGGUCGGCGGCUUGCCAACGCAAAGAGCCCAGUUACUAUGAUAAGCUCUUUCUAUGAGCCAGAGAACGAUUGCUUUUGCGCACGAACUCCCAUGUUUCUACCUCCUCCUGUCCUAGUUGUUGAUUCAGAUGAUGAGGACUUGCAAUCUCACAAUGAAGGGGAGGAGUCUUAUGACGAUGAACAGGAUAAUGAGAUUCCACCUACUCAUUGGCACCCUACUUGGCAGAUUACUUUGCCACGGGUGGAAGCACUAAUAGAACAAUUGUCUGAACAAGGCUAUCAACCGCAGAUCAUUAAUGCACGCAAUCGAUUCAACAAGCUUAUUCACCCAAACAACGUUUAUGCAACCUUGAAUGGUACAAUUGCUUACGUCUAUGCAACUCUUGAGAAGCAAUUAUUUACAAGUUCAAAGUAUCCGGGGGGCAGGGCAUGGCGAUUCUCUGCUAAUCUUGUUCAAGUCCAAGCAUUGAAGGCACCUCCAGCUCCAAAACCAUCAUCUUUGAAACGCAAGGCACACAGCUAUAAUAUGUCCAAUAUCUACAAGGAGGGACAUGGAACUGAGGGGGGAUCCAGUUCAAAGCGAGUGAAGUUUUAG